GGAAGGGUUCAUUCUUCGCCUGCCUGCCCUUGCCUCGUCAGUACAUCCAUCCAUCACUGGCAUUGGGGAGACUUCUUCCAGAUUCCAGCAUACAGAGGAGACCAGCUGAGACACCCAGCCACGCACAACUGCUGAGAUUUUCCAUUCAUAGCCAGCCAUUGUUGGAUUAGGGGAGGAGCCCACUCGGCACUGUUUACCUGCCACGGGCCAAACGCAUUGGUGACCAAUCCACCAGUCCCAUUCUGACUGAGGUAACCCAGAGCUGAGGUUGCCUGACCACUGCCCCUACUGCCUAGGGCUUUGUUCGACUCUCCUGGGAACACUUCAAGUCGUCUGACACCACAGACUACUGGAACCAUGGUCCAUGGAUGCAAAGGGUUCCAGUUCCAAAACUGGGCGAAGACCUAUGGCUGCUGCCCAGAGAUGUAUUACCAGCCCACAUCAGUGGAGGAGGUCAGAGAGGUGCUGGCCCUGGCUCGGCAGCAGAACAAGAGAGUGAAGGUGGUGGGCGGUGGCCACUCCCCUUCAGACAUCGCCUGCACUGAUGGCUUCAUGAUCCACAUGGGCAAGAUGAACCGGGUUCUGCAGGUGGACACGAAGAAGAAGCAGGUGAAGGUAGAAGCUGGUAUCCUCCUGGCUGACCUGCAUCUACAGCUGGACAAGCAUGGCUUGGCCAUGUCCAAUCUAGGAGCAGUGUCCGAUGUGACGAUUGCUGGCGUCAUUGGGUCUGGCACACAUAACACGGGGAUCAAGCAUGGCAUCCUGGCCACCCAGGUGGUGGCCUUGACCCUGAUGACGGCUGACGGGACAGUUCUGGAAUGCUCCGAGUCAAGCAACGUGGAUGUGUUCCAGGCUGCCCGGGUGCACCUGGGCUGUCUGGGCAUCAUCCUCACUGUGACUCUGCAGUGCGUGCCCCAGUUCCACCUACAGGAGACCUCCUUCCCUUCAACCCUCAAGGAGGUCCUGGACAACCUAGACAGCCACCUGAAGAAGUCAGAAUACUUCCGCUUCCUCUGGUUUCCCCACAGUGAGAAUGUCAGCAUCAUCUACCAAGACCACACCAAUAAGGGAAAUGGGCUUGUCAUUGAACAUGAAGAGAAGAAGAGACAGGUGAAGGUGGGAAGGAAGGUGGCUAAGAUGGGCACCUAUUGGCCAUUCCUCGUGGGCUGGAUCAACCGUUUCUUCUUCUGGCUGCUGUUCAGCCACAAGAAGAAGAGCAGCAACCUCAGCCACAAGAUCUUCACCUAUGAGUGUCGCUUCAAGCAGCACGUCCAAGACUGGGCCAUCCCCAGGGAGAAGACCAAGGAGGCCCUGCUGGAGCUGAAGGCCAUGCUGGAGGCCCACCCCCAUGUGGUAGCCCACUUCCCCGUGGAGGUGCGCUUCACCCGAGGUGAUGAGAUUCUGCUGAGCCCCUGCUUCCAGAGAGACAGCUGCUACAUGAACAUCAUCAUGUACAGGCCCUAUGGCAAGGAUGUGCCUCGGCUGGACUACUGGCAGGCUUAUGAGACCAUCAUGAAGAAGUUUGGAGGCAGGCCCCACUGGGCAAAGGCCCACAAUUGCACCAGGAAGGACUUUGAGAAAAUGUACCCCGCUUUUCGAAAGUUCUGUGACAUCCGCGAGAAGCUGGACCCCACUGGAAUGUUCUUGAAUCCAUACCUGGAGAAGGUGUUCUACUAAAACAGGAGUAGCAGAAGCCACCCUCACCCCUCACGGUCCUGCAGCCUUUGAGGGGGAAUAGAACAGGGUCCCACAGGCACAGUGGGGUCCGACCUCCUCUCCUGACCACACAGAAGGGCUGGGCUCGGGGUGGGGCCUCUCUGCUCCUUUCUCCACCAUCGUCAAAGCACCCCAGGCAAGAGGCAGCCUCUCACUGAAGUUCCUGUUUGCACACCCGUGAAUCCCACAGGCUGGGGAUUUGGUCAUUCCUAGGCUCUGUCAGCCAGGUGCAGUGAGUUUCCUGCGGCCUGAAGUUCCCCAGCCCUCUCCAGAAGGAAUCCCUUAGCGAGAGUUUUAGCACAGAGCUGGCAUGGAGCAUCCUCUGCAUUCUUUUAUCUCUAAAAGUUCUUCUGGAUGCCCAGAGACUGUCUGGUCCUGGGGAAGCCAUCUUCCAGAUGGUCCCGCUGGCCUGCCAUGCCUGGCCCCAGCUCACAGUGCCUCUUUCAGCGUUCCUGGCCUCUUCUGUGUGUUUCUCUCCCAUCGCCUCAGAGACAGGUCUUAAAAGCAGGGGUCUCACCAUGGUUUUCCCCGGGUACCGUUCUCACCUUCCCCUUCACAAGGGUGAUUUCAGUUUGCUCUGUGACCUUUCUAGAGUGUUCCUUGGAGAACCAAGAUUCUCCAGCUGCUUUGUAAAAAUUAAAAGACUCUGAAGAUAUUGUUCU